CCACAUGACCCCAAAGACCCCACGAUGGUCGUGGGCUCUGGAGUUCAACAACCUGAACAACCGAUAGAAGCGCCAGUAGUAUCCUCGAGUCCACCGCAGGAUGCAGCGUCUGUGAAACCAUCGUCGUUGAAGAGGAUGGAAUAUAAGUGUGAAUUUUGUGAACUAAUAUUCAAACGCAAGGAUAGUCACGAUCGCCAUCGUUAUUCACAUACCGGAAAGCUUGAGCAUCCCUGCCUGAAACCCAACUGUAAUAAAGCGUACUCGAACCGAUCUCAUCUGCUUCGUCACAUGCGUGCAUCCCAUUUCGAGCCCACCGACACCCAACAAAGUACCGUCGACUGCAAGCACACGGCGUGCAAAAUGAAGUUCACCAACAAACAAUCGAUGGAACGCCAUUACCAGGUGAAGCACAUCCUCGGAAAGCCGUACGCCUGCGAUGAAUGUGAUGAGCGCUUCUGGCGGAAGCUCCAGCUGAAAAGGCACAAAUUCAAGCACACGGGCCAGUAUCCUCAUAAAUGCGAACACUGUGGACAGGGUUAUGUUAAUAUGAAAUCGAUGCGAGACCACCGGUGCACGCGUAACAUGCAGAAGUGUGCCGACUGCGAAAAGGAGUUCAAAUGGUGGACGGAGCUUGUGGCGCAUCGUCGACUGGAGCAUCCAACAAAACACCGUUGCGGCGAUUGUUCGAAAGUGUUCCACACGAAACGGUCGCUGAAGAUUCAUGCACGCCGGCACUUGCCGGAUGAUGAGCGGGAAGUGUUCGAGUGCCCGCACGAAGGAUGCCCUCGGUUUUACGAACACCGCAGAAAUCUCUACUUUCACGUACGCGCCAAGCAUGAAGGUUUGAAAAAGUUUGCUUGUGCCGAGGAAGACUGCGGCCUGGUGUUGGCUACACAGCAGAAGCUUGAUCUGCACAUGAAAUUACACAAAUCGGCUACCCAAUCCGCUCGGCGAAUGAAACUUUCCACGAAGACAGCGUCAAAGGCAAAGGCUACUGCGGAAGAUAUAUCAGGCGUGAGUGAUUCCGUGCAAGAGGCUGUUGACCAACCCCUAGCAGAUCCGAAUACCAAUAAGGAUUUGCAGCCCGAAAUAGACAUCGAGAAACAUAAUAUAGAAUCAACGUCCGAGUCGGAAUUGGAGGGAUCGUUACACGUUACCAACAUUUUGUCGGCCAAUUUGGAUUCAUUGAAAAAGCAGAUCGAUGCGUUACGAACCGAUAUGUCGAUAGUUUAAUCGUACAUCUGGAUGUAUGGAUUGUGCUCAAAUCAUAUUUAUCGAAGGGAAGGGUUUUAAUUGAAUUAGGGUUGAACUUUGCAUGAUGCGAAGUCAGCCAUCAACCAAAAAGUGAAAAAGAAUUAAGAAAGUAUUGGAAUUAAAUAAGAACUAUCAUUUAUUGAACCGUGAGUUUGUUUGGAAUUU